UUCCAUGGAUAAGCAUAUUUGGAAAACUGACAUGGUAAAAACUUAACAAAACAUGACAAAACUGAAACAUGUUAAAAUUAUGACCUGGUCACAUCAGAAAGGUAAGUUUAUUUUAGAUUUUCUCCUGAAAGUAGCAACAGUAACCCUGAAAGUCAGGUCCAGAGGACAGAACAAAAUUUGGCGGUUGAACCGCAGUUCGACAGAGUCCCACCAUGACUGUCCCUUAAAUCUCCUGUGGUGUUCUCUGUUACCUGCAGGGUUUUAAAAAUGUGCAUUCUAGGGGUGGUUCUGGGCCCCUGGGUGGGGCCACAUCAGGUCUGCGCUGGGCCUACGGAAAAGAACGUCUCCACGGCGACCUCAGGCUCUUCCCCGUCAACGACAGCGUCCGCGGGCGCUGCGUCAGCCCAGAGAAAGAGGCGGAGGAGAUGGAGGCUCAGACUGACGAAGGAAGGCCCAUCCCCCAGAUCAAUGAAUUCUCGGAGGCAGAGUCCAUCUCCAGGAAGCCACGCCCCUCUCGGGGGGAUGUGCGGGACCUCCGGGAGGCCAGGAGACUCCAGAAACACAGAGCCCCUCAUGGACAGCAUAUCCCAGAAUGCAUUGGGGCCCCAGAGAAGCAGGGCCAGCAUGGGGCUAUGCAGCGGGCAGCCACACACAAUUCAUUAGCAUCACGAAUGCCAUUGAAGCUGCAGAUGAAAAUUUAUGGGCAGAGGGGCAGCCUUGGGAUAAGCAUCGCCGGGGGGAGGGGCUCCCUGCCUUACAAGGAACAUGACGAGGGCGUCUUCAUCUCCCGAGUGGCCAAAGGAGGACCUGCGGAAAAGGCGGGAAUCCACAUCGGGGACAGAGUGUUGGAGGUUAAUGGCUUGAACAUGCAGGAGAUGACCCACCAUGAGGCAGUCUGUGCACUGCGGAACGCUGGCAGCUGCGUGAAGAUGAAGGUGCUGAGGGAGAGGAGCGUGUGCCCGGCCCUGUUCACGGCCCCGCCCAUCCACGCUGAGGCGCCAGAGAUGGACAGCCCUGUGGAUAGAAAUCCGGCCAACCCCACAAACCCAGGGAAUCCCGGGCCCAAACGACAUAACUCUGAGCCUGAAUGCAGGUUGCCGGGGGCGAUAGAAGCCGUUGUUCUCUGCAAUGGAAAUGGCGCGAGCUCGGCUGAACCAGAGAAACCCAUGGGCUGGACAGCGAGAGACGCAGAAGCCUCCUUCAAAGCCAACGCAUUUCAGGUUGUCAAAAACACCAUGGCGAUUCCGCGAAUUAUCCUCACCCACCCGUCUACCUCAGAUGAAGACAUCGAACCUCUAACACAGGACCCAGAAGACGAAGACCUGGACGACUUUGGUGACCUGGAAAGUCAUGCCUACUCAGACUGCUUAAACAACGCUUUCUAUCCACCCUGACCUCUCCUGACUGGGGAAUGCAUAGCCUGCAAGUAAUAUGUUUGCAUUGAGUACUUUGCUGUUUCUCAGAUCUUUCCUUUUAUACUGCAUAUAAAAUGCUAACUUUAAGACAUUUGACCAGAACAGGAAUGAAUGAGGAUGGAAGGACGGCUUCCUCUCUGUAACUGUUCCAUGAUCACAUGCUGAUUGCUCUGGCUGUAGCUAUCAUUCUGAAUUUGUACAGGCACUAGGAAAUCCUGCAUUCAGUCUCAUGUUCAUGUCCAAAAUGCAGAUUCACCUCAGAUCAGACAUUUGACCUUCAGGGUUCACAGAACAACCUCUGUUACAUCAACACAGGAAACAAAUCUAAUUUAAUGUAUUCCCACAUAAGUUCCAGGCUAAUGUUUUUCUUUUUAGAAAUGUUCUCGUUCACAGUUUUUAAAUUGGAUUUACACAGCCAAAGCCACCUGACUUCCCUUCCCACCUAAAUACACUUUCUCAAGAAAUGAUAAGACUACAACAUGACCAUUACACGCAAACACUCACUCUCACAAGCACACGCACACACACAUGCACAUGUGCACAGAAAAACAUUCACUCACACGCACAAAUUAUCUCUCUCCCUCUCUUGCUGUCUCUCUCUCUCUCUCACUCUCUCACACACACACACAUACAUGCACACACACUAUUAAAAUGCUUUUAUGUUCUCCCUAUUUAAACUCCGUGGUGAAAGGCUAAUGAACUGAAACUGCUCUCACAUUCCAGACAUAGUUCAUGUGUUGUGAGAGCAUUGUUAGAAUGUUUUGUGCUAGCCAUGAUGCCUUUUAGUCUUCUAAAGCAAGGCCUAUGCAUUCAAAUACAGUACUGUCAGAUGUGGACACAGUAAUGACCUCACAGUUUUGCUGGUUUUAUUGAGAAAGGGCUUUGUUUGAUUUCUUUAUAGAUUGUAAUGUCUACACUGGCAGUUACUGGUUUCACAAGUGAAACCAUAACUGGCUAGUACAGGUGUAUAAUUUAUAUUAUGUUAAUUUAUGUAACAUAUUCAAAGGAUUUAAUGUGCUGAACUACUGUUAUUUUAUCAGGAAUUCAUAAGAAAUAUUGUAUUGCACCUGACAUGACCAAUUUUUAUUAAAAAUUAUUGGAAAAACAGUAACUGUGGACCCAGUGACACAUUGGUUCAGAAAUAUGAAGAUCAAGCACUUUAAUCCCAGUACCAUCAAGGUUUAUGGACAGAAAUUGGCAAUCAAAUUAUUUCAACCUUCAAUUACUCCAUCACUAAGAAGAAUAUAAUGGAAUCUCUUGUGCCUGGAAGUAAUUAUUUCUCUCUCAAUAUCUGUUCCUCGCAUGUCCUUUUUGAUGGGCCAUUGUCCUUUAAUUAAAUUGAUUAAAGAUUCAAGUGGCUGAACCUGCAGUUUCUGCAAAUGCCAAGGAUGCACCUCCACUUGAGCCACCAAAACACAGUUCAGUUUUUCUCGGAUGUGCACAGACGCAAUUCAGUGACUGUGUGUGCACACGCAAAUGCACGGUAGCUCUAAACAAACCAUGUAUUUUUUGUUAGCCUUUGGACAACCCUGUAAAGAAAGAGGCUCAUCUUAAAUAGAUCUGUAUCCACUUUAUCAUGAAACUUUUGCUUCGCAAGAGUUCUUUCAGUUCUCUAUAGUAGAUGAAAAAAUGAUUAUUCAGAUACAAUAGUUCUGUCUGGACUGUUCUGACAUGUUAUCUAAAAGUAAAAAAUGUUUUGUUCAACAGAUAUGCAAUGAUGGUACUGGCCUUAGUUGCAUUCAUAUUAAGGUGAAUUUAACAGGACAUUAACUCUGUCACCAUUCUUA